AUGUCUACUGCUAGUAACCGGCGCCAUACUUUUUAUGGCGGGAAUCUCACCUCGUUGAAUGCAGAAGGGGGAGACGCAAGGCGUAGAAAGACUGGUAACGCGAAAUGCCCCUCGUUUGGCCCGUACCUCAUCGGGUCCACAUUGGGCCAAGGUGGGUUUGGCAAAGUUAAGAUGGGGUGGACUACACCUAUGGGGAACAAGGGUAUCUACGACGUACCGAAGCAGGUCGCGAUAAAACUCAUAAAGAGGGACUCAAUUUCUAACGACAAGAGCAAAGAGGUGAAGAUAUACAGAGAGAUCAAUGCGUUGAAGCAACUGCACCAUCCGAACAUUGUGAAGUUGGAAGAAGUAUUGCAGAACUCAAAAUACAUUGGAAUUGUGCUCGAGUACGCUUCUGGAGGUGAAUUCUACAAGUACAUUCAAAAGAGACGCGUGUUGAAGGAACACGUAGCGUGCAGACUCUUUGCGCAGUUGAUCAGCGGGGUUCACUACAUACACUCCAAGGGGUUGGUGCACAGAGAUCUGAAAUUGGAAAACUUGUUGCUUGACAAGCACGAAAACUUGAUUAUAACGGAUUUCGGGUUCGUCAACGAAUACUUCUCCCAAAACGAACUGAUGACUACGUCCUGUGGUUCGCCGUGCUACGCAGCUCCCGAACUGGUCAUCAGCACACAACCUUACCAGGGGAGAAGAGCAGAUCUAUGGUCUUGUGGGAUAAUUCUAUUCGCGAUGUUGGCCGGUUAUUUGCCUUGGGAUGACGACAAGGACAAUCCCGAUGGUGAAGAUAUUGCCAAACUGUACUACUACAUUACUCAUACUGCUUUGAAAUUCCCUGAAUACAUAACACCUAUCCCACGAGAUUUACUGCGGAGAAUACUAGUAGCUGAUCCGAGAAGGAGGGUCACGCUCAGAGAAAUACAGGGACACCAGUGGUUGAAGAAGCAUGCCCAGUUCUUGUCCAUCCAGCCAGAGGAGUGGGAUAGAAUAUCCCAAUCCAAAAAUAUCACCAGAUUACCCAAACACAAUAAACACUACAGUACGAGACCGUUGUCUGUGUGCUCCGUGUCAUCCACAUCAUCCACUUUGCAUAAAAAGGACAAGCGCGAUUCUUUAAUUAUCGACUCUGCCUUGAUAACGUUUCCUGCACCUCCGCGGGAAAACCAAUCUCACGUUUUAGCCAUACCUUCGUCGCCUUCUCCCGAGAUACGACGCAGCAGAUCACCUACUAAAUCAAGCAUCAAGGGACACUGCAGAAGCAACUCUGCAGCCUCCAUUGCACUACAAGCUGUUGUAGACGCGGAGAGGGAGCAGACCAAGAGCGUCACCAAUGAAGACGAUCUCCCACCACUGAUUAAUAAUAUUCAAGCCGAUGAAUGGCAUCCUAAAAUAAUGCAUUCUUCCCCCAGUUUUGGGAACAAGUUUCCAAUGGACAAUUCUCCUGUUAUGCAGAAGACUGCAGGGUUUCAACACCCUUACUCAACUCUGACAGACAAAGAAAAUGUCAUCAACGAAACGAACCCAGUAAAGCCGGCUUGUGGCAAGCCUGGUAAUUCCGAGACAACGCGAUACCCACCUCCGACGUUUUUAGACUCUGUGUCGUUGCACCCAUCACAAACGUCGACGGGCCCCGUGAUCAACAGCACUUACCAAUACCAGCAGUCAGGUAGACACUUAUACCAUUCGAACCAUAGGAAACCGAGACCGACGUCGUACUACCCUGGCCUGUUUUCACCUGUGAUGGAGCACGGCCCUGCCUAUACGUUAACAUCCACGUCUCCUGUGAACGUGCCCUCUCAACCUUCGAUCAAUUACAGCUCCUCUAGUCGGUUGGCCACGUCACCUUUCGAUUCUAUAGUGAAUUUGGGUUCGGAUACCGCGAUCACAUCUACAAAAUCGUGCGAGGUAUCCCCCAAAUUAUCGACCAGACGAUCCUCUUCAUUCACGGAUAAGGCGUCUCUUGAAACCUCGGGUGCAUCGGGGGACCUUAUCCAGUCAAAGCACGAUAUAGAGUCCCUGAUCAAGAAAGUACAGGAACGCACUACGGAUAGCAGCUACAAAGUGCAGGAACAGGUUCCUGGUGCCAAUGGGCAACCGCUGAUGCUGCGAACCAAGAAAUCGUCGAGACAAAUGCUGCUCUCCCCUGAGAACAAGAAGCGCUACAGUCUGUUCUCGAUGCCCACGUCAGAGAUGGUCACUCCCGGGUCGCGACAGAGGAAUAGGAACUCCGCGUACGUUGCUGCGUCGUACGCGUCGACGGCCCCAGUGCGGCGCAACAAGGAGACGAACGAAACAGAGGACACUUUAUCCGAGUUGCCGCCGAAACCGCAAACGGCCAGUGGUGCCACUGCACGUCCGGAUCGAAACUCAACGGCUAAAAGAGUGAUUGAUUUCUUCAAGAGGAAGAGUAUGAAGUUGUGA